GAUUUAAACACAUCAACCUUUAUAUAUAUGGCAAUUUCUUUCUAUAUAUAAAGGAGGGGUGGCCCAAGAUAUUCCCAAAAUCCCAGCGUAAAACUAGUGCUUCAUCUUUAAGAAAUGGAGGUGACCAGUGGGAAAAAUACUUCUUGCUGCUUGAAUAUUAAUGGUCCUGUAGAGAAAAUGAAGAGGUUGCCAAGAUUAACAUGGAGAAAAAUCUGGAAAGUGGGGAAAGAAGAUAAAAGAAGGGUCAUUCAUUCACUAAAAGUUGGAGUAGCUUUGUCAUUGGUCUCCUUGUUAUAUUUGAUGGAGCCAUUGUUCAAUGGAAUUGGAGAGAAUGCUAUUUGGGCUGUCAUGACUGUAGUUGUUGUUCUUGAAUUCACAGCAGGGGCAACAUUAUAUAAAGGGCUGAAUAGAGGACUUGGGACAGUAUUAGCUGGAUUAUUGGCAUUCUUGAUUGCACAUAUGGCCAAAGAAUCUGGCAACAUAUUUCAUGCUACUUUCAUUGGAACCGCAGUUUUUUUAGUUGGAGCUAUAUCUACGUACAUGAGAUUUUUCCCUCAUAUAAAGAAAAAUUAUGAUUAUGGUGUGGUGAUAUUCCUCUUGACGUUCAACUUGAUCACAGUGUCAAGCUAUCGUCUUGAUAGUGUGUUAAAAAUCACACAUGAGAGGCUCUACACCAUAGCCAUCGGCUGUGGUAUCUGUCUCCUCAUGACCCUAUUGGUAUUUCCAAUUUGGUCAGGAGAAGACCUCCAUUUAUCAACUGUUGCCAAGUUCGAUGGCUUAGCGAAAUCAAUUGCAGUUUGCAUUAAUGAGUACUUCAGCGAUAAUAUUCAGCAACAGGAAAAUGACGCAGAAAAUUCAAUGGAAAUGGAGGAUCCCAUUUACAAAGGUUAUAAAACUGUUUUAGAUUCCAAAUCAUCUGAUGAAAAUUUGGCACUAUAUGCAAGUUGGGAGCCAAGGUAUUUAAGACACUGUACCAGGUAUCCCUGGCAUCAAUAUGUUAAAUUAGGGAACGUUCUUCGCCAUUUUGGAUACACACUGGUAGCUCUACAUGGGUGUCUGCAAACUGAAAUUAAGACUCCUCAAUCAGUUCGAGUACUGUUCAAAGAUCCAUGCAAUCGACUUGCCGGAGAAUUGACAAAGGCACUAAAGGAACUAGGCGAUAGCGUAAGAAAUCGUCGUAAAUACUGCCCAGAGAUGCUAUCUAACCAUGUCCAUGAAGCAUUGCAAGACCUCAUCGAUGCCUUAAAAUCCCAACCAAGACUCUUUCUUGGCACUAAUAGUAAUACAAACAUACUAUUAGCCCUAGCAACGUUAGCAGCUAAGCAAAAAUCUGGUAAAGAUUUUGUAGUCUCUUUAUCGAGUGUAAAUACUGACUCAUCUGAUGAUGGUCCUCCUCGUCUUGGUCUCAGCCAAGACUUUUUGAAAGAGGGUGAUAAAAAGCAAAAUACUUUGAGGCUCACAUUAAGCAAGAUUGGCAUUACUAGCCUUGAAUUUUGUGAGGCCUUACCAUUUGCAGCCUUUGCAUCUUUGCUAAUUGAGGCAGUUGCAAGACUUGAUCUUGUUAUUGAAGAAGUUGUAGAAUUGGGAAAGGUAGCUCAUUUCAAGGAAUAUAGUCAUCAUGAUGAUCAUGAGUUUAUUAAUGUAGUAGUUUCUGAUAAUAAUCCUAGAGAGAGAAAUGAGGUCCCCUCCUCUCAAUUAGCAACAGAUUGACUCUAUCUGUAGUGGGUUUUUUCUAUAUAUGGUCUCUUUUUUGAUGGUCAAAUCAAAAAGAAACUAUAUACAAAAAACAAAAAGGGUUUCAUGGCUGAUGAUAUAUACAUUAGAUAGUUAGGGAGGAUAUUAUAUUAUACAUUUAAUUAUUUACAUUGUCCCUUUUUCAAGGUUGAAAUGAUAUAAUACUUCAUCUAGUUGUUUACAAUUUCAUAGUACACCUUGUACGUGAGUUGUAGUUUCUUGAUCUUUGAUUUCAGCUUACAUUGGUAUUCUAUAAGUCGAUUAUUACAUUA